GUACGCACACCAAAACAUCCUAAUAGUCAUAAUACUUAGUUCCCCUAAAGGGGUUACAUUCUUUAUAUAUCUCUGUUCAAUUCCAUUUAAAUUUUAUUUGAAUUCAGGACUUCUUAUUAGGUAUGUUGAAGAGCUUUACGGUGACACUGCUGGACUUGUGAGACCUGAUCAAAAUUGUUAUCAUAUAAUCAUCUAACAUUGAGUUAAAGAUCUACAAAAGGAAGGACCUUUUGAAAGGGACUAAAAAUGAUGCAAGAGUGAAACUGCGAGCUAGAAUAUGAUACCAUGCCCCACUCAUGGACACACACCUUUGGCCAAUUUGAUUCGCUGGAGAGCUGAGAGAUGGGAGACCCAAUCACGAGUGCUGUAGCUGAGCUCAUCGUAAAAGACUUGUCAAAACAAGUGAAUAUUCAUUCUCAAUAUGCUAUUCUAUUUGAAAGUCAGUUUGAGGAGAUGAAGAGAGCUGAAUCUCAUCCGUUCGUAUCUCACUGAAGCAAACAGGAUGAAACGAAACAACGAGUCUCUCAAGUCAACCUUAUCUAAACUUGAUGAACUAAUUUAUGAAGCAGAUAAUGUGAUCACGGAUUGCCAAAUUCGUGAAGACUAUCUGAGGAUGAAAGGGAAUCCUUCUUGCUUAUUUCCGUCUCCGAGGGAGAUUUUUUUCAGAUACAACACUCGAAAGAAACUGACAGAACUCAACAAGGAGAUAGUGACAAUGCAUCAGAAGCUUAGGGCCUUUGUUGGUCCAAUAACUGAACAAUCAAGAAGUGACCAUAUCAGCAGCAGAUGGACCUCACACGUUUUUGAUCAAACUUUAAUUGUGGAGUUAUCAGAAGAUACAAGAAAAAUCAAAGAAUGGAUCCUAUCUCACAGCGAGUCAUUACAUCUCGUUGGCAUUGUAGGGAUGGGUGGUUUGGGUAAAACCACAAUUGUGCAAAAGAUCUACAAUGACAGACAAGUGAAUGUGAGAUUUCAAAAGAAAGUUUGGGUUUCAGUAUCUCAAACUUAUGAUGAUCUUUCCAUGAUGAAGGGAAUUUUGAAACAGCUGAAUGCAGAUGAUAGUGGAACUGAUAAAAGAGACUUGCUAAACAGAAUUCGUGUAGCGCUUUCACAUAAGUCGUACCUGAUUGUCAUGGAUGAUGUGUGGAGUUUUGAUGAUGGAUGGUGGGAUAGGAUCUCAAGUGGAUUACCCAAGUUUAAAGAGCACAAUAGUUGUAUUAUAAUCACAUCAAGAAAUGAGGAUGUAGUCAAGAGGAUGGGAGCCACAGAAUCAAGAAUUCAUCGACCAAGAUUGCUUGAUGAUGAAGAGAGUUGGUCGUUGUUUUGCAAAGUUGCAUUUUUGUCAACUAAAGGGAAGUGCAAUACUCAAUUGGAAGAAGUUGGAAGAGAGAUCGUGCGCAAAUGCCAUGGUCUUCCUCUAGCCAUCAAGACCACAGGUGGGAUGUUAUCAUCAAAGCCACAAUCACUCGGGGAGUGGACAAGGAUAUGCGAAAAUUUUCGAGAGAAAUUGGUAUCGGAUUGUGUGAGCAAUAUCUCUGUAAUGGCUUCUUUGCAGCUAAGUUAUGAUGAGCUUCCUUCUCAUCUAAAACAGUGCAUAUUGUGCUUCUCAAUCUAUCCAGGUGACCAUGAAAUUGAGGCGGAACACUUGGUUCGUUGGUGGGUAGGGGAAGGAUUGGUUCGUGGCGAUGACACAGAAACUGCAACAUAUGUUGCUUUUAAUUAUUUAUCUGAACUGGUAAGUAGGUGCUUGGUUGAAGCUGUCCAAAGAAGUAACUUUGAUGGCAGAGUUUACAGUUGCAAGAUGCCUGACAUGGUUAGGGACAUGACAAUUCUGGUCGCAGAAGACAAGAUGUUUUGUAACUUUGAUAGAGGCAGGCUCAUAGCCACCGUUAACUCGAGGCACUUGGGGGUCACCAAGGAAACAACUUUCCAGUCCUUGGCUGGGAACUCAAAGCUAAGAGCACUUCUUCUCACUACGACAAAUUCCACUGGCUUCAACAGGAAAAUUGCUCUAGCUGAAAUCAAAACUCUUAGGGUCUUGGAUUUGUCAUGUGUCAAGCUAGACAAUAUCUGGUUACUUGAUCUAUGGCAAUGGAUCACAUCACUGAUGCAACUAGCGUAUUUAAACCUACGAGAUGUUGCGAACCUGGAAGAAAUUCCAGGCUCCGUGAGGAAGUUACGUGGCCUCCAAAUACUGGUCCUUAGAGAAUGCAAGGAACUGAAAAGGCUACCAACAUCAAUCACAACACUUCCAAGAUUGGCAAUUCUUGAUGUUAGAGGUUGUCCAUCUUUUUCAUGCUUACCACAAGGUCUCUCUGGUCUUUCUCAUCUUAAAGUGGAUUCAAGAUACCGAGUUCGGCAACAACAGAAGCUUGUCACCUUAGUGAGGUCGUGGCACUGAAUCAACUUCGAGUACUGCAAUUAGACAUAACGGAGGAAAGCAAGAUAGAGGAGAAGGAAUUGGCUGCAUUGAAACAACUUCAACUACUAAGGGUGCUAUCAAUCAACGUAGGGGACAGUGAAAACAAGGACAUCAUAAGGAAGCUGGAUAACUUGUCACCACCAACACACAUUGAAGAAUUAUAUCUAAAGCACUUCCUUGGAGAAACUGCACCAGCAUGGCUCAACCCCAUAUCACUUCCCCAACUGCAGUACCUUUGCAUCGAAGAUUCAAGAGUGCUUAGUCACAUGAGUGAAAACUUCUGGGGAGACAAUGAGGGUAACUGGAAAGUCGAAGGACUAUGCUUGAAAUUCCUGCCAAGGCUCAGUGAAACAUGGGAAACAUUCCAAAGUGCAAUGCCAGCCCUCAAAUACUUAGAAGUCAGCCACUGCAAUUCGCUGAAAAAUUUCCCAUGUAACGUUGAGCGUUUAGGAUAUUGGAGAAUGACAGAGGAAGAGCAGGAAAACAAGGAAGAACAAGACGUGAUUUCGUGCCACGAAGGCAAUGAAGGAGAAUUUGAUUACAUCCACUGAAACUAUAGGAUUACCAAUCUUCAGUUUCAGUACACAAUUAUGCAUUUUUUGUUUUGUUUUUUGUCUUUUUUUUUUUGGUCUGGAAAACUGGUACCACAUUAUGUGUUAGCACAGUGAUGACUUAUUAGCUAUUAUGUAUGCUUGUUCUACAAAAUAUCAGUCCCCUGUUUGUCGAGUCUUUAUUCGAAUAUAAUUUUCAUUUAAUGGACAGGAUUAUAAUUUGUAUUGUUUGCUGAUUUGUACGAAUGUGAACUUAUGUUUCCGCUCCCGUCCCAACCUUGGUGAAUUAACCUAAACAACCGUCCACCCACCAACACAUGUAUAAUAUGUGUAUGAUCGUGUGUAAAUGAAUGAUUGAAUGUAUAAUCUGUCUAAGGUUGCAGACUUCGUUACAGAAAGUAUUUUGGCCUUAAUAUAUAUUGGAAGUUCGUUAAGAGCAAAAUCAAAUAGAAGUUGGUUAUUGGACAUUGAAAUUGAGUAUGAUAGAAUUAGCAAAUAUGUAACAAUGUGUUUUGCUAUUCUGCUUGCAUAUUUACAUCCACCAACAAUUUUGGAGCUACAAAAUUAGCCAUAAGAAGCACUCUUUCAACGCACAUCUAACAGAAAUGCUAAUGCU